AUGGAUCCCUUGAUAAAACUCUACCUCUCUCUACUACUCUUCUUUUUCUCUUUUCUCCUCUUAGGAGAAAUCAAUGGAGUUGAAAGUUCCUCAUCGAAUCAAUGGAGUCCAAAGAAGUUGUUUGUGUUCGGAGAUUCUUACGCUGAUACCGGAAACAUAAAAGAGCGUCAAGCUGUGUCAUGGAGAGUCCCUUACGGCAUCACUUUCCCCGGUAAACCCUGUGGCCGUUUCUCGGACGGCAGAGUCUCUACCGAUUUCUUAGCCAAAUUUUUGAGGAUCAAAACACCGAUUACUUACCUGCGGAAAGAUUAUGGGGAAAAAGAAUGGUUAUGGUACGGAAUGAAUUUUGCGUACGGAGGAACAGGAGUGUUCAACACUAAGAGUUCGAGUCCCAACAUGACCAUUCAGAUCAAUCUCUUCGAGCAGCUCCUCGACGAUGUCUACUCUCAGUCUGACCUUUCUUCUUCCAUCGCUCUCGUCAGCGUUUCUGGCAACGACUAUUCCAAUUACCUUGCCCUAAACCGCUCCAUCGCUGCCCUCCCAAUAUUCAUUAAGCAAGUGGUGGAUCAAACCGAGCUGAAUUUGAGGCGAAUCCACGACUUGGGACUGAAAAAGAUAGCAAUACCAUCAUUGCCACCGCUCGGAUGCCUCCCCCUCUACACCUCGUCCCAGUGUUGCAACGAGACUUUUAACGCGUUGGUAAACUACCAUAACAGCUUGUUGGAGCAAGUAGUGGCCAAGCUCAACAACGAGACCAAUCAUUCGACUUUUGCCAUCAUUGAUUUCUAUAACGCCUUCUUGACCAUUUUAAAGAACAAAGGAGAUAAUCCAGAGAAUACGAGGUUUGAAACCCCGUUGAAACCAUGUUGCGAAGGCAGUUGUGGCAAUGUGGAUGAGAUGGGUGCUAAGAAGUAUACAGUAUGUGAUGAUCCUGAGUCUGCUUUCUUCUGGGAUGGACUUCACCCUACUCAGGAGGGAUGGAGAUCUGUUUACUCAGUUUUAGACAAUCUAUCUACCUCUUUGCUUAAACCGUAA